AUGUCCGACUCUUGGUGGUCCGACUCGGACGAGGCGCCGCGGCGGCGCAAGCGCCAGAGCCGGCGCAACAAGACACGGGCUGCCCGACGGAGCGAGGCAGUUGUGAGCAAGCCAGUGGGAGAGGCGAAGAAGAAGCGGAAGAAGAAGAAGAAGUCUGUCCAAGACCGCCCUCGCGAGGCCGCUACCCCGGCCUCGGCCUCAGACUCGACCGCCGAGUUCUUCACCGCCCCCGACGAGCUGCCGAUCCCCGGGCGAUCCCUCUGCCUCGACCCUGCUCCGGGGCAGAGCGGGAGCAACAGUGCACUUGCUGCCGAUAGUCCAGCUCGAAGGCGGAGGCGGCACCGCGACGGCGGCGAGAGUAGCAAGGCUAAGGCAGCCAUGCAUGCCGACUCUGUCGGGACGCAGACGAGCAAGGCUGUGGCGGAGAGUGCCGCAGAGUGGGAUCCGCUCAAAGAUCUGGAUUCUGAGCAGCGGGAGGCGUUUGCAGCGAUGAAGGCGCUGGUGCCGCAGCUGGCUGCCGAGGCUGAUCCGCCGGUGGAUCUGAGUGAUGCCAAGGUCCUCGCCUUUGCCACCGACGCAACAUACUGCAGAUAUCUCCGAGCGCGUGGGUACUCGGCAGAGAAGGCAGCCAAGAUGCUUGUGGGCACGCUGGUGUGGCGGGCCGAGUACAAGCCUGAGGAGAUCACGCUCGAGGAGGUGUGGGAGGAGCUGGAGAACGAAGGCAAGAUGUACCUGUCGGCGCACAAGGAUCGCGAGGGGCGGCCUGUGGUGUACAUGAAGCCGGGCCACGACAACACCACCGAUCGCAUUGUCAAGGUCAAGUACCUGGUGUAUGUGCUGGAGAAGGCGCUGGGCUCGAUCACCACCCCGGGUAUCGAGACCAUGACCUGGGUCAUUGACUUUAAGGGCUACAAACAGCUCGCGGGUAUGAAGAACAUCCGAGUCUCCAAAGACACAGCCUCGGUCCUGCAAAACCACUACCCAGAGCGGCUGGGCAAGGUCUUUAUGUGCAACCAGCCGUGGGUCUUCAACAUCUUCUGGGGUGCCGUCCGCCCGUUCAUCGACAAGAACACCGUGGCCAAGGUCUCGUUCCUCGGUUCCGACUACGCACCCAUCGCUGAGGUCAUCGAGCCAUCCGAGCUUGAGGUUGACUACGGCGGCAAGGUGGUGUACAACUACGACAUCGACGAGUACGCCUCGUUCUUGCAGAGCGCGUAA